GCCAUUAUUCUUUCCUUCAUUUCUCCCUUCCAACCCUCCGACUUGCUCAAUUUCUUCGUCCUCCAUUCUUCGCAUCCAGGGGGGUUAUUUUUCAUAGGCCGCUCUAUUUCCCCUGAUCCAUAACUUGCGCUCGUACUUAACUACCGUAACGCGUGUCCACGACGUCAACCUCUUGACGGCGAUCCUCAAGGCCGUAUCACGCAACAAAACGCUUUAAGUGGGAGGGUCCGGCCUCGAAUCUCGAUAUAUUGAAUAUCCCGCAUCCAAUAGACGCCGCACUAUGACUAUCGCUGCUUAUAGUCUCCUGCUCUAGUCUGCCAGCCCUCGAGAUAUACGCUCAUUUCCUGCCACUGAACAUUGACUGCUUCAUGAACCGAUUAUAACUCACGACUUGACGUCUGGAGUAUUAUCACACUCGUUUAUACCACUAAGAUCACGCUCUCUACGCCGUUGAUCGGCAGCCGCUCUUUUAUCCUUUAACUUGUUUAUCUCAUACCCAUCGAAGCCUUAUCCUUGUCACGACAAUUGCUUUUGUUCUUCAUCCAUCUCUGUUUAUAACAUUCAAACAUGUCGCCUCACAAUCUCGACCCACUCUCCCCGCACGCCUUGUUCGCUCGCGCCGAGUGUAAACAAUGUCCGCAAGAAUCGCCUUCAUGCGACUGCCCGUCGGGUACGAAAUGUGUGAUGACCGCCCAAUCCUGCACCGAAUGUGCAACUAUACAAUGUGUCAAAACAUCCACUAGCAGCUCGUCAGAUUCAGAGGACAGUUCGUCGGGUGGUGGAGGAACCAACGCGGGCGCUAUAGCGGGUGGAGUUAUCGGAGGACUUGCGGCGGUAGGAAUCAUCGUCUUCCUCAUCUGGUGGUUUGUCAUUCGUAAGAAGCGCAACCAGCAGCGAGCAGAAGAAUCGGAAAAAGCCAGCUCGUACGCCGCUCGGGCCCCGGCUUCCAGCGCUGCACAAUCGAGGAAAUCUACCCACUCCAUUGCAUCGACUGUCUUGACUCGCGCCUCAAAUGUCAUCCAAAUCGCUUAUAUUCCUGGCGUAACGAACCGAUCCCCACCAGACACCCCCCUCGUCCCGCCAGUUCCACCUCUUCCUGGUGCCUCAGCCGACCAACAUUUCUUCAUGCCUGGAGAUCUACGCGAUUCAUCUUGGUCUGACAUGUCGGACCGACGUUCCAUGGCCAACACUCUACGUAGCAGUGUCGCUACAACUAUUUACCGGAACGAUGCCAUUGUCAGCCCCAUGCCGGCACAGCAGGUGACUCGCACCCGUGCUGCUGUAGUCAGUAUUCACAAUGGACCAAACACCCCGUCAUCCUCACAGCACCUGAGCCCUGACACACCGGCUGUCCCGGCUAUCACUCCUUCGCAGCUCGCCAAGGCGGGUGUCACUGACGCAAACAACAACAGCUCAAUUGUGGCUCGUACCGUCACCGCGAAACCUGUGAUGGUGAAGACUAUUGGGAAGAAGAACAACACGGCCAAAUCUCCCGUCCAGCCUAUAGCGGAGCAGCCAGAAUCCAAUGCCGAGCCCUCAGCUCCCAGCCAAGAGCCCGCCAAAGCUCCCAGCAUCUCGUCGAACGACGGAAACGAUGCCCCCGCUGCCGCCAACAAUCGCACAUCCACACCCGCUGAGACACCAAUAUCAGCCAGGAGAUCUCAAGCCCCGACGGUGAUUGAAGACUCACCAGCAAUCGUCCAGAGCCCCUUCAGCGACCAAACACCAACAGAAGUGGAAACAGACAGGCGCAACUCAGCAUUCUUAGAAGGGGCUAGUAUAAGCUCAAAGCGACACAGCGGUGCGCCGCCUCCACGAGUCGAGAGCCCCUUCGCAGAUUCAAACGAGCUUUAAUAGGCUCAUAAAUCACCCCGUUCUCUUUUCCCCCAAUCACGACGUCUGAUUUUUGGUUUGUGAUUUCUCUGGGUUGUUCAUCACAUUUUUGUUUGGCGUGGCGCACGAGGGUGGAGGUUUCACAAUAUACUCAUCUUUUGAACAUUUUUAUCAACUAUAGAUGCGAUGUUGCCCUUUACCAUUUUUUUUUUUUGGCAUAUAGUUUGCCACCCUUCUUGUAUAUGAUCGGCUACGCCUCCUUUUUCUUUUGCAUAUCAAGGCCCGGCCUUUUGUGGGCUGUGAGCAAAUCUAUCC